AUGGCCACCCACCCCCUCUUUCUCGUGGAGCUGCUAGAAAUGAUCCUUUUAGAGACGGAUAUUCGGACCCUACUGGGAUCCGCUUCAAGGGUGUGUCGCUUCUGGAAUAAACUCAUCAACACCUCCAGCUAUCUUCAGACCGUGCUGUUCAUCCGGCCAUCCGUCAAGCCCCUACUGCCGAAUCAGCCCCGCGAAGUCAACCCACUCCUUCCCUUGAUUUGGCAUAGAAUACUCCGAAGGAACAACUCUACACCAUCUGAGCUAUUGCAUAUUCGUCCGCUGGAACCUUGGAUCCAAUCCAUAUACCUCCUCCGACAGGAAGCGAGCUGGAGACGAAUGUUGAUUCAGCAGCCACCAACGCGGCGUCUUUCAAUCGUGAGAACGGAUCAUUUUCGAAAGGAAGCGCCCCUCACAACAAUCGAGAUCGGGGGGGAGGGUUUCGGUUUCUUGCGUCUAGGUGAUCUCCAUCGCCUAGUGAACGAGACGUGUAUCGUUCCUGGGACCGAAGUUCGCGUGUUGUGGAAUUCGGGUACCGCGAUGAGCGUCCUUCAAGAUUUCUACGAACGCUUGCGUGGACAGACAUCCAAUUACCUGGGCAACUGCGAAUGCAUUCUAGUGAACGACUCCAGUCUAGAUUUCCCAAUGCCCCCGUACCGAAUCCAAGAAAGAUUACAAAUGGAGAACCGCGAAGUCCAGUUUCUCGUCAAUCGCUGCAUGGGACUUUAUUCCGAUGAAUAG